AUGGAAUAUGUUCAAAAUUUGUUCCAAUUAAUUAGGUAUAGUGAGAAACUAUCGUAUCGAACGGUGCCAACGAUUGUAACGAAGUAUGUAAAACAAUGUUGUGAUGGCUACACAAAGAUCGCUAAUAACACUUGUAUCCCUUUAUGUGAUCCACCGUGUCGGAGAGGUAUUUGUACAGCACCGAAUAAUUGCACCUGUUAUUCCGGUUUCGGAGGGCCUACAUGUUCUGCAUCCUGCCCAAAAGGAUUUUGGGGUCUAUCUUGUUCCUCGAAAUGUGAUUGCGAUCAUGGAGCCACUUGUGACCCUAUUACGGGCAUUUGCUAUUGUCCUGCUGGUUAUCACGGCAAACACUGCAAGGAACAAUGCAGUGAUAAACGCUGGGGUCAAAAUUGCGCAUUUCAAUGUUUCUGCCAAAAUAAUGGUAUCUGCAAUCCAAUUAAUGGCUCAUGCAAAUGCCCACCUGGAUUUUCUGGUCAAUUAUGUCGUGAAGGAUGUGAAGAAGGUCGAUUUUGUGAAAACAAAUGUCAUAAAGGAUAUUACGGUGUUAACUGCGCUUCGAAAUGUUUAUGUUACAAUGAAAAUGAAUGUGAUCCGGUAACUGGAAAUUGUCAUUGUAUUGGCUUUACCGGAAAACACUGUGAAGAACCAUGUCCGGAAGUUUGCCCAUUUAAUCGUUUUGGACCAAAUUGUGAGAAUGAAUGUGCUUGUAAUCCACAAAAUACGAAACUUUGUCGUGCAGGUUUUACGGGAGCAGGUUGUAAUUCUCCAUGUCCAAUAUCAUAUUAUGGUGAAAAUUGUGAUAGAAAAUGUGAGUGUAAUCUGGAUACUGGUUCACAAUGUGAUCCGAUUACUGGACAUUGCAUUUGCGCUGCUGGAUAUCAGGGAAUUCGUUGUGAUGAAAAAUGUCCGGAAGGUUUAUUCGGUAUAAAUUGUGAAUCGAAGUGCAAUUGCAAAAAUAACGCUCCAUGCGAUCACCGUUUUGGUACAUGCAAUUGCACUGCUGGUUGGAGAGGACCACAGUGCAGUUUACCCUGUUGGGCUGGUUAUGGUAAUGUAGAAUGUAGGAAAUGCGAUUGUAAAAAUGGUGCCGGUUGCAAUCCAUUAACUGGUGAAUGCAUUUGUUCGGUUGGAUGGACUGGAAAAAGUUGUGAAGUACCAUGCAGUGAAGGUUUCUAUGGAAUUAAUUGUUCGCAAAAAUGUCACUGUCAACAUGGUGCUACAUGUGAUCCAGUUAAUGGCGAGUGCAAUUGUGCAGAUCGAUCAAACUGCUCAGUGCUAUGUCCUCCGGGAGAAAAAAAGAAUUGCUUGAGUUCAUGUCCAUGUAUUCACGGAACUUGUGUGGGACUCUCCGGGAAAUGUGCUUGUCAUCCAGGAUAUACCGGUUCUCUAUGUGACAAAGAAUGUCCUUUUGGUAGUUACGGAAAUAAAUGUACAAAAAAGUGCAACUGUCUUCAUGGAUGUAACCCACGCACUGGUGAAUGUUUGCAAUGUCCAGCUGGACGAAGUGGUAUAUUAUGUGAGCAAAGCUGUCCGUUUGAAAUGUGGGGUGAAAAGUGCAUGAAUCAUUGCGAUUGUGCAAAAAGUGCGGAAUGUGAUAGCAUCGAUGGUAGCUGUCAAUGUUACAGCGGUUUCACCGGUGAAAAAUGUAAUCGAGUAUGCCCUUAUGGCAAAUGGGGUAUGAAUUGCUUUCAAACAUGUAAGCAAUGCAAAAAUAAGGGUAGAUGCGAUCCGGUUGACGGUGAAUGUCAUUGCAUGCCUGGUUUCAUGGGAGAAAAAUGUGAACUACUUUGUGGAAGGGGUCAGUGGGGUAAGGAUUGCUUGAAUGAAUGCAAAUGUGCAAGUGAUCGCAAAUUGUGCAAUCCAAUCAACGGUAUUUGCCACUGUGCUCAUGGUCUUAAGGGUGAUCUGUGUAAUCAAUAUUGUCCUGAAGGUUCAUGGGGUCCAGAUUGUUCUUUCCGAUGUUUGUGUGCAAUGAAAAAUUCGAAAUGUCAAGCAACAACGGGUGAUUGUGUUUGCCAUCCAGGUUUCACUGGACCAAAAUGCGAUCAAAUUUGUCCUGAAGGUUUUUGGGGUGAACAAUGUGUGAAUGUUUGCGAUUGUGAUGAUGAUACCUGCGAUCCAAUGUUUGGUUAUUGUAGCAAAAACAAUAUCUCCUGCGGUUCUAUCAGUACAAAACUGAAGUACAGUCUACCGAUAAAGCGCAUCCGAUCAACGACAACCAGUACUCUGCUGUAUGCCAGUAUCCUACUCGUUAUUCUUUCAGUCCUCGUUCUCUAUUAUCGACGAAAAUACAUGAAGGAAAGUGAUCCUGUCAUUCCGACUAUUACUUACAAUCCGACGGCUAUAAAUAAUGAAAUGACCUCAACAAGGAUUCAUUUCAACAAUCCGCUUUAUAAAAAGAGUGCGGAAGAUGCAAUGAACGAUCAGCUUGCAGGAAAGAGUAAUAAAUCAGAACGAUCCGAUCGACUUCAAGGUAUCACAUUUGAAUUUGAAUUGAUUUGA